UUGGUUGUCUCUUCUCACUACCAAACCAUCAUCAGAUACAGAACAAAGUAAGAAACUGCAAUCAAAUGCUCCUUACUAAAGUAAUUAACAACUCUUUCUGAAAACAUCAGUUAUCACACAAGGCCAAAUACCAUUCCCCACUUUUCUCUCUUCUCUCUGUUUAAUUUGAGCAAUUGAAUAUCUGAUUCCGAGUCUCAGAUCCUCCAAAAUAAGCAAUGUUUGUGAAGAAACUCGUGGAGAAAGCUUCCAUAAAGAAGACUGGUGGAAAUUCAUCAGAUGGAUUAAAAGCUAGUGAUGUAGAUCCACGGUUGGUGUUUCAUCAUGGAGUGCCAUCUGGUGGUGCCAAGUUCGCCUAUGACACCAUUCAGAGGAUCCUGGCUCUUUCUACCAAGGAUGGCCAGAUUAAACUCUAUGGAAAAGAUAAUGCUCAAGCCAUGCUUGAAUCUAGUGAGCCCCUGCCUAGCAAGUUUCUACAGUUCAUCCAGAACCAAGGCGUCCUUAUAAAUGUCACUUCCAACAACCAUAUUGAGGUUUGGGACAUAGACAAGAAACUGUUGUCUGAUGUGUACAUGGCUAAAGAAGAAAUCACUUCCUUUGCAGUCAUUCAUCAUAGCCUCUAUAUGUACAUUGGACAUUCUAAUGGUAAUAUUUCAGUUUUGAAGCUUGACCAAGAGCCAUCAUGGCAUUUGGUUCAGAUGAAAUACACCAUACCUCUCUCAGCUUCCUAUGGGAAUUCUGAAGUGUCUGAUGAUACUGUUGUGACGCAUAUACUGCCUCAACCAGCAGCUGAAAGUAAGAGGGUUCUCAUAAUCUUUAGAAAUGGUCAAAUGAUAUUAUGGAAUAUUCGGGAAAGUAGAUCUAUUUUCAAAACUGGUGAAAAUAUGUUGCAGCCACUGCAUACUGAAACAAAAAAAGUGACUUCUGCAUGUUGGGUGUGCCCUUUUGGAAGUAAAGCAAUUGUAGGGUACAACAAUGGAGAGCUCUUCAUUUGGAGCAUCCGUUCUCUAAAUAUAGGAAAUGGUUCAGCAUCUGAACAUAGUUAUCAAAAUACUCCUUUGCUCAAACUUAACUUAGGAUACAAGUCUGACAAAAUUUCCAUAGGAUCAAUAAAAUGGGUUUAUGCUGGAGGAAAGGCUAGUCGACUAUAUAUUAUGGGAGCCUCUGACUGUGCAACUUCAAACUUGUUGCAGGUAGUGUUGCUGAAUGAGCAUACAGAAGCUCGCACAAUUAAGCUUGGACUUCAUUUGUCUGAAUGUUGUAUUGACAUGGAGAUCAUAUCAACUUCAACUGAGCAAAGCAAGAAUAAACAAGAUUCUUUCAUUUUGCUUGGGAAGUCAGGCCAUCUAUAUCUGUAUGACGAUAUUUUGAUUGAAAGGUAUCUGCUACAAUGCCAAUCUAAGUCCACACCAUCACUUCCAAAGGAGGUAACUGUAAAGUUACCACUGGCAGAAUCAAGCAUCACAACAGCAAAAUUCAUCUCCAACAAUCCCAAUGUAUUAACAUUUGAAGAUGAGUAUUACAGACAGCUGAUCACAAGCUAUCCACUGUUUGUUCCUGUUGAAACAAAUCAAAAAGAUGAGAUUAGCCUGAGUUCUGCCAAAUUUACAGGAUUUUCUAAAGUUCAAAACUUGUACAUAACUGGACACAGCAAUGGAGCCAUAAACUUCUGGGAUGCUUCAUGCCCCAUUUUCACUCCAAUUUUACAAUUGAAGCAACAGAGUGAAAAUGACUGUUCAUUAAGUGGUAUACCCUUGACAGCAUUAUACUUCGAUAGCAACUCCCCACUUCUUGUUUCUGGUGACCAGAGUGGAAUGGUUUGUGUCUUUAGAUUCAAAACUGAACCAUAUGCCACUAACAGCUUCAUGUCUCUUACUGGAGGUACAAAGAAAGGGACUGAUCAUAUAAUCCAAAGUGUGAAACAUGUAAAGAUCAAUGGUGCCAUUCUGUCAUUGAACAUAGAUCCCAGCUUGAUGCAUCUUGCUGUUGGUUCUGAUCAGGGACAUGUUUCAGUUUUUAACAUAGAUGGCCCAACUUUGUUAUACCAGAAACAUAUUGCCAGUGAAAUUUCUGCUGGUAUCAUCUCUCUGCAGUUCCUAACCAGCAGUUUACAUGGUUUUGAAAAAAACAUUUUAGCAGUUGGAACAAAAGAUUCAUCUGUUCUGGCACUAGAUAAAGAAGCUGGAAACACACUGGGCACGGGAACUAUUCAUCCUAAGAAGCCCUCUAAAGCUCUAUUUAUGCAGGUUUUGGAUGGACAAGGUGCACCGGUCAAUGGAUCGAUUACAAAAGAUGGAUUAGAGUCGAGCGAAAGGAAUCAUAUUGAGGAUGCAACAACAAAGCAACAGUACAUUUUGCUUUGUUCUGAGAAAGCUUUAUAUGUCUAUUCAUUGGUGCAUGCGAUUCAGGGAGUUAAAAAGGUGCUAUACAAGAAAAGGUUUCAUUCCUCUACGUGUUGCUGGGCAUCAACAUUUUACAGCCCUUCUGAUGUUGGCCUUAUACUCAUUUUUACAAGUGGAAAAGUAGAAUUAAGGUCUUUGCCAGAGUUGUCCCUAAUUGUGGAGACUUCAAUUAGAGGUUAUAAUUAUUCUCCUCCAAAAUUGAAGUCAUUUUCUGGCUGCCAGAUAUGUUGUUCAUCCAAAGGAGAUCUUGUUUUGGUGAACGGUAACCAAGAAUUUUUUGUCGUCUCGCUGUUGGUGCAAAGAAAUAUUUUCAGGCUUUUGGACUCUAUUAGCUGCAUCUACAGGAAAAAAAUGAUGCUGUCGCCAGAAGUGUUUGUUCCUAGCCCAGUCAUCUAUAAGGAAAAGAAAAAGGGUAUAUUCAGCUCUGUUAUCAAAGAUUUUGCUGGCAGUAAAGAAAAGCAUGCUCCCAUAUUGGAAACCGAAGAUACUACAGAAAGCAUCCAGGAACUCUCAGCUAUCUUCUCAAAUGAAAAUUUUCCAUGUGAUGCUGAUAAUAAUGAUAAUCUGACUGUUGAUGAAGAUGAGCUUGAAUUAAACAUAGAUGACAUUGACCUAGACGAUCAUGAAGAAAAACACAAAGAUCAAAGUAUAUUGGGAGCUCUUAAUAAGAAGAAAUUGACUGGAAAGUUUCAGGCUCUAAAAGGUAGAUUGAAGGAGAUGAAGGGCAACAUCCAGAAAACAUCAAGUAAGGAAGAGCAGCAAGAUGAGCAAGCUGGUGCAGUCGAUCAAAUCAAGAAGAAAUAUGGAUUUUCUUCUUCCAACGUAAGUAUAUAUCCAAUUUCAACAUUAUUCAAAGUAAGAAAUAUGGAUGAAACCAGGAAACAAGCUUUGCUAAAUUGGCAGAAAGCAAGCUGCAGGAGAACAUGAAAAAAUUGCAGGGUAUCAACCUUCGAACCACAGAAAUGCAAGAUAAAGCAAAAUCAUUUUCAACAUUGGCAAACCAAGUGCUGCGGACUGCAGAACAGGAAAGACGAAAUUAGGAAGCACCUACUCAUCGAUUACACCAAAAAUUACAAUGACUUUUUACCCCUCCUAUUGUACUUAAGCUUCUUUAUUUUAUUGUAUUUAUUUUUUUGUUUCACCGUGGAAGACUGGAUUAUCAUCUCAGUUUUGGGUUGAUCUUUACAUCGAGCGAAUAUAAAUUAAGAACAAUGUAUUCUCUUUUUUGCCAA